GAAGAAAUUUCAUUUACUUGUUUGGUUUUUGCUUAUUUUCCUUUAGUUUUCUGGACAUUAUUCAUAACCUUGAUAAUGGUAAAUGUGGGUUGAAGUAGAUGUGGCCGGAGCUCGUUAAAACUGCUAAAGAAGGAGGGGCUGAUGCAAUAGAGACUUAUGUGUUCUGGAAUGGACAUGAGCUUUCCCCUGGCAAUCAGAGUGGAACUUUGGGUAUGCCAGCGGCUGUUUUAGAAUUUAGAAUUUACUCUACUUUCCGGCGAAUGCAAAGGGUGUCUAAGGGCGGGGAGAAAGCAGAAGAAACCCCUUAUCUGAGACCAAAACAAUUAUUGAACAACCACCGAUGGCCGCCCGAUAGAGAAAUGGUGAAGAAGAAGAGAGAGGGACGAAGGGUAAAAUUGGGUCAAGCAAAGCUUUGAAAAAUUGGAAAGCAGGGGUUUUUCAUCAAUUAGAUUUUAUUUUGAAAAUUUGAUAAAUAAUGAAGGAUAAA